AUGGCAUCCGUCAAGAAAUCGGGUUCGCCCGUCGCAGUGACCCAAGAACCUACCAUUGUGCCACCGGAGAAGCCCGAAAUGUCUGCUUCGCCACCUCGCAUUCUCAUCAUCGGUGCUGGAUCACGCGGUCAGGCAUAUGCCCAUGCAACUCAGACAUCCAGCAAUGGUGUUGUAGCGGCCGUUGCUGAACCCAUCAGCUACAAGCGCCAAACCUUUGGCAGGACAUAUAUAUGGGGCUCAAGUCCCCCGCAAGAUGGUCAACAGUUUUCUGACUGGAGAGAUUUUGUCACCUACGAGACACGCCGCCGCGAGAGGGAAAGUGCUGGGGAGAGUGUGCCGCCCGGUGUUGACGCUGUCUUCAUCUGCGUCCUGGACGAGAUGCACCGCGAUGUUGUUAUCGGAUUAGCGCCUCUCGGAUUGCACGUAAUGUGCGAAAAGCCAUUCGCGACGACUUUGGGAGACUGCCUUGACAUGUACAAGGCCCUCAAACCGCCUGCUGGCCAGGAACCCAAAAACGUCUUCUCCAUUGGUCAUGUACUUCGGUACAGCCCACAUAACAUGCUCCUUCGCAAAUUGCUUCUCGAAGAACGUGUCGUUGGUGAAAUCAUUAACAUUGUUCACACCGAGCCAGUUGGUUGGUGGCAUUUUACCCAUUCCUAUGUCCGCGGUAAUUGGCGAAACGAGAAAACGACUGCACCAAGUCUUCUUACCAAGAGCUGCCACGACAUUGAUCUGAUUCUAUGGCUUCUCAGUGCGCCUACUAAAGCAGGCAAAGGCAGCCCGCACCUACCUUCCACCGUAUCUUCGACCGGCUCCCUUCAGCUCUUCCGCAAGAGCCGCAAACCAGCCGCGGCAGGGGACGCGACGAAUUGUCUAUCUUGCCCCUUGGGGGAUGAAGGCUGCAAGUACUCGGCUAAGAAUAUCUAUCUUGGCCCAAAUCUCCAAGGUCUCGGGUCCGGAAAUACCAACUGGCCUGUCAGCAUUGUGCUUCCCGAAAUCGAGGACUUCGGUACGACGUCUCGAAACAAGGUGUUGGCCUCUAAGCUUGCCGAGGACUAUGAUGAAACGACUCCCCAGGAGAUCAUCUCGUCGCGAAACUGGUUUGGCCGCUGUGUAUUCGACGCAGACAACAAUGUGUGCGACCAACAGACUGUGACCAUUAACUGGGACGAUGACUUGACAGAUCCGGAAACCCCUAAGCCGUCCAAAUCGGCCACGCUCCACAUGAUUGCUCACACCAAGAAGAUAUGUGAAAGAUAUACGCACAUCUAUGGCGUCGACGGAGAGAUAUAUGCUGAUUCACGCUCGAUUAACAUUGAGAACUUCAACACCGGCACCACCCAGACCUACUAUCCAACCAUCGAGGACGCCGGGCAUGGCGGCGGUGACAAGGGCCUGGCGCGCCAGUUCAUAUUGGCUGUUGACCGAGUAAAAAACCAUGGAUGGACACCGGAGAGAGCGCAGAAUGAGUAUAUCGGCUGCUCGCUGGAAGAAGUAAUCCGCUCGCAUGCCAUGGUGUUUGCUGCAGAAGAGGCAAGGACAGGCAAAAGGGUUGUUGACUGGGAACCAUGGUGGUCGCACAAGAUUGCAAGUGCGAAUAGUGAGUGA